CGUCAGCGCGGUGGGAGGAGCCUCAGAGGGCAGGAGGCCGGAGAGCAACGGCCAACAGUCGCUGGGGAAGUGAGGCUGUUUUGCUGCCUGUACACGGCUGAAGAGCGCGUUGAACCCGCUGUAAACAUGUCCGACGAGGAGCAAGAGCAGACCAUUGCCGAGGACCUGGUUGUCACCAAGUAUAAGAUGGGAGGUGACAUCGCCAACCAGACUCUCCGUCUGGUGGUGGAGGCGGCCAAGGCCGGGGUCUCGGUGCUCAGCCUCUGUGAGAAGGGGGACGCCCACAUCAUGGCUGAGACUGGAAAGGUCUUCAAGAAGGAGAAGGAGAUUAAGAAAGGCAUUGCCUUUCCCACCAGCGUCUCAGUCAAUAACUGUGUUUGCCACUUCUCUCCCCUGAAGAGUGACCCUGACUACACACUUAAAGAUGGGGAUCUGGUCAAAAUAGAUCUUGGGGUGCAUGUUGAUGGCUUCAUUGCCAAUGUUGCUCACAGCUUUGUUGUUGGAGCCACUAAGGAGAACCCGGUCACAGGCCGGAAAGCUGACGUAAUAAAGGCAGCUCAUCUGUGUGCAGAAGCAGCUCUUCGUCUUGUCAAACCUGGAAACCAGAACACUCAGGUGACAGAGGCUUGGAACAAGAUUGCUCAGUCAUUCAAGUGCUCAGCCAUUGAAGGUAUGCUGUCUCAUCAGCUAAAGCAGCAUGUCAUAGAUGGAGAGAAGACCAUCAUUCAAAACCCCACAGACCAGCAAAGGAAGGACCAUGAGAAGGCAGAGUUUGAGGUACAUGAAGUCUAUGCUGUGGACGUGCUGAUCAGCACUGGAGAAGGGAAGGCCAGGGAUGGAGGUCAGAGGACCACCAUUUAUAAAAGGGACCCCAGCAAGCAGUAUGGCUUGAAGAUGAAGACCUCCCGCAUGUUCUUCAGUGAGGUGGAGCGACGUUUUGAUGCCAUGCCCUUCACUCUCAGGGCUUUCGAGGAUGAGGCCAAGGCCCGGCUGGGUGUAGUGGAGUGUGCCAAACAUGAAUUACUACAGCCAUUUAGUGUACUUAAUGAGAAAGAGGGAGAAUAUGUAGCCCAGUUUAAGUUCACAGUGCUGCUGAUGGCCAACGGCUCUCACAGAAUCACCACCGGACCCUUUGAGCCAGAGCUCUACAAGUCAGAGUAUGAAGUGCAGGAUGCAGAGCUGAGGACCUUACUGCAGAGCUCCGCUAGCCGCAAAACACAGAAGAAAAAGAAAAAGAAGGCUUCAAGGACUGCAGAAAAUGCAACUGGACAGCCAACCGAGGACACGGACGCAGCGGAAUAAAUACGACCUCUCCACACAUACAAACACACGCAACACCCCAAAGAACAGCAAGAGAGAGAAGAAAAAAAAAAAAAAGACAAAUCUGCCCAAACUCUUAGUUCCCUCUGCUCAUUGUUCACCUCUAGAGUUGAGUCCACAGAUUAAAGU